UAGGCAUAAAAGUUUUAUUGAGUGCGACACUGCUCUUCGUUUAGCAACGAGAAAACAGCAACAAUUAUACUAUGGCAUUUCGUUAGAUUUUUAAAUAUUCAUUCUUUUAAAUUAGAUAUCACAUAAAAUGGAUCUUUUUGGUUCAUCGCGAUUAAGACGAAACUCGGAUAAUCAGUCUGAUGAAAGAUCAAAUGACAAUAAAAUGGACAGACCUAUGAGUGCUUUGAGUGCCAGACUCUCUCAUAGAAGCCGCAGUAUGACGGAUAUAAGUGAGCAGGAGGAAUUAGCAAGACAAAUCUCAGAUGAUGAUGAUGAAGAAGAAGAAGAAGAUGAUGAUGAUGAGGACUCAGAUAGCACAAACAAAACAUAUGAAGAGAAUUCAUUAUUAAGACGCUGGCAAAAUCCAGAAAUCAGAGGAUCCAGACCUCCCCAUCCCCUGACUGUAACUCAUGUAAAUCAGACCAGUGAUCUACAGAGGUUACAACAUAUAACAUCAGCUGUAGAUGCUGAAAAACAAAGUUCAGAAGAAUGGCUAAUGACACAUAGCAUUUCAUAUCUAAAGCUCAGUUUGAAAGAUUUGGUUGACAAAGGAAAAAUAGCAAGAUUGCAUCCUGAUCAACAAACAGGCAAAGUCACUCAGCAUAUUCAGUUUGAUGCUUAUGAUGUCAACGAAUUUGAAUAUAAAUUAAAUAUUGCUAUUGAAAUGUACACAAAAAGAAUCAAGUGGUUAUUACAAGGAAGCAAACGGAUGUUUGGUCAUCUGAUGGGAAAUAAAGUAGCAGUUUGUGUUGAUACAUCGCAUGCCAAUUUGGGUUUUGGAAGGCAGACAGCAUUUCAAGAAUCACUUCUUCAUCUUAUAGAUGAACAGUUGACUAACAGAGCUAGCAUCUACCUGGCUAGCUUUGGCACUGAGUUUGAUCCAUUGUGGCCAGUUGUCAGAGAUACUAACUAUCAUUUACUGGAAGAGGCAAAGUCUUGGGUGAUGCACUUGCACAGCUCUGGAGGAACCAAUCUAUUGAAAGCUAUGAAACAUGUCAUGAAUGUUCCUGGUUUGGAUUCAAUAGUUCUCGUGCUGGGCAGUGUACCAGAUCAGCCUGCAGAGAUACUUUGUGAUUACAUUUACCAGCUUGGUGUUGGUAAAAAUAUCUCACUUCAUACAGUUGCCUAUGAUUGCAGUAACAGUGUUACCAAUGCAUCAUUAAAAAAGUUGGCAGAAUCUACUGGAGGUAGAUACCAUUGUUACACUGCUAGCUGUGAGGAGCAAAUAUAUACUGGUACAGACAUUAGCAUGUUAUUGACAGAAAUCAGGGAAGCACAGGAUGUGAUAAACAAAAUUAAAGAAAUGAGGCAAGGCAUGAUGGGAAGUGCUCUCAUUAGCAUAAUGAAUGAGAUUACAACAGAAGUGUCCAAGUUGCCUCAGUCUCGUUUUUUGCCCCGCCCACCUGGUCAUGAUCUGCCUUUGAAACUAUCAGUGCCAAAUUUCCACCCUAGAACAUCUCAAGAAUGGUUGAAACAGCAUGGAUUAAAAUCAAAAAAAUUGGAUUUGUAUCAAAUAUUAGCACCGAAUGCAUAUUCUUACAAAGAAGAGUUCAUUCCAGUUAUUAAAAAAGCAGUUCAGUCUCAAGUGCACAGGCAUGCGAUGGUCCAAUUUCCUUGGCAUGAUGGCUCUCUCAAAAAUCUCCAUGUGGAUAUGACCCAGCUCUAUGACUAUCAGAAAUGUCUCAGUAGUGCUGUCUCACUGUAUGAGAAGAGGAUCGACUGGUUGGCUUCUGGCAGCCGCAGAAUAUUUGGAAGUGUAGCUGAGCACAAUGUUGUUAUCUUGAUUGACACUUCAGUUAGCAAUGUCAACUACUUGAUUCACAUUCAACACUCGCUCCGGCUGCUCAUGGAAGAGCAGAUUGGAAACAAAGAUUAUUUUAAUUUGAUUGCAUUUGGGAGUAAAACAACCCAAUGGAUGCCUACAAUGGUCCGACCAACUGCUGAAAAUUUGCAAAAAGCAUGGAAGUGGGUUUUAGAUUUACAGUGUGGUGGCAGCAGAAAUUUUCUGGCAGCUUAUCGUCUGGCAGUUGAGAAUGAUGAGGAGAUCAAACAUCAUAUCUAUGUCCAAGGUGUUUACCUGUUUACAAGUGGAGUACCUGACCAAUUGUCUGAUGUAGUCACCAACUAUAUUGAGGAAGCCAGUACAGGUCGUAAUGUCAAGCUUCACACAAUCUUGUUCAAUGUAGAUGACUAUGGUGCCAAUGGAGCCAUUCCUGGACGCUAUGCUAACAUCACACGGACGGCUGAAUGCUUGCGAAAUAUGGCUCAUGUGAGUGGUGGAAGAUUCCAUUGGUUUAGGGAAACAGGUAUCAUAGAAAAUGAUGAUAUCCAAGUGAUUCUCACAGAGAUAGACAAGGCUUUGAACUACUCACGAAAAUGUUACAUGUUAGUUCAGCCUUUCAAACAAAAGUACAAGAUGGGAAAAACAGAAGACAAACACAUGUUAGCUUUACAAAGUAAAUCAUCUCAGCGACAUUUACACUGCCUACCACAGCCAGAAGUCUUUGAACCUUUUCAAGCUUUGCCAGCACCACCUGCACCAGCUCUACCAGCAGAGCUACCACCAAAAUACAAAGCUUAUGGAAGUUCUAGUGAACAGGCCAACAGUUCAUCAGUGAAAUCCAACCAACAGGUUUUGUCAAGUCGGCCAUCAAGUGCACACCAGUCUACACCAGAAAAAAAGUACCUUAAUUUGAGAAAUCGGCCAUCAUCAGCCAAGAGUGCAUUGCAGAGUUCAAAACUUUCUGACAAUAAAAUCUCAACAUCUCACUUUUUUCUGGAUGAUGCAAAACAUGCUACAGGUUCUGUCAUAACUAAAUAUGUUUAUGAGAAAUCAAUUAGAAAACAAAUCCCACAUCUGACACUGCCAGAAAAUGAAGAACCAAUCACAACCAAAGAAUGGCUUAGAAUAUUUAGCUUGAGUAAGUUGAAGCUAGACCUCAACAAGAUUGUUUCAGCACCAGAUUGCAAGCAUGAAGAAAAACCUGUGAAAAUUUUAAAUAAAAACAUAACUGCCAAAAUAUACCCAGAAGUCUUUCCCACAGUCAAUGUCAAGGGUACUAUGAAGUACAUGCAGUUACUUCCCCAUGAACUCAACAAUUAUGAGAAACAAUUAGAGAAGGUGCUUAGAAGAUAUCUAAAACGUCUUCAGUGGCUUCUUAAUGGAAGUCGGAAAGUGUUUGGCACAGUUGUACACAAGAGAGUUGUACUUUUGAUUGAUACCUCGGGAUCAAUGGAGCCAAAGAUGGAGGAACUUAAAAAAGAACUUGCGUCUCUUGUCUGGGAUCAGUUUCAUAAACAACAGAUACAUUUUAACUUGAUCAGUUUUUCUGGUUCUUGCUGUGUCUGGAGAGAUGCCAUCCAGUCACCCACAGAGUCCAACUGUCAUGAUGCCAUCAGAUGGGUCUCCUUUUUGAAAUCCAAUGGAAACACAUGUACUUUGGAAGCCCUUCAGUUGGCAUUCAGAGACCCAGAUAUUGAUGCUAUUUAUCUACUUACUGAUGGCAAACCUGACACAAGCACCUCGCUGGUCCUGAGGGAAGUGGCCAAAAUGAAUGAGAAGCGAAGCAUCAGCGUCAACACCAUUUCAUUUAAUUGUACCUGCAGUACUGCAAACAAUUUCCUGAGACUCUUGGCUUCAGAGACUGGGGGAAGAUAUCAUCGCGUCCAAGAAGAUUUUGAUGCUGAGAUUUUUGUUCAUAAACUUUUGAGUGAAGGUUUCAAUGACUCAGAGUAUCCACAUUUGCCAACAUUCGAAGGUGAUGACCUUCGUAAACUUGGAGUAGAAAUUACUUUGGCUCGCAAAUUUUUACAACAAGCCAGAGUUUGGAGGGCUUUAUACAAAGCCAAGGCAUCACAGCAUAUAGAAAAGAUAAACAUUGAUAAAGGACCUCCUCCAUUUCUGGUAGGCAGACCAAGAAUAGUUCCAGCUGUUAAAACCUAAAAUUCAAUUCUGUUCUAUUUAAUUUGAUACAGAGUAUGGAUGUUGGAGAACAGAGCUUUAAUAUUCAAAGGCACGCUUGCACACAUGCACUCAAGUCAUAGUCAUUCAGAAAUAUUUCUUAACUAGCAAUAGAUUUAUGGAUUUCUGUACAAAAUGCUAGCAACAAAAAAAAAGAUGAGAGUUAAUAUUUAAUAACUAUAUUUAAUGUAUACAAUUCUGUAAUGAGUUUCUAUAUUUGAAUAAGCUACAAAUAUAGUUUUUCUUGUCUCAUGCAUAGCUGUUUAUGUUAUUGCAACUUUCAUUAUUAAUAUUGUUUUGCUUUUUAAAAAAGGGUUUUUAAAGCAACAAGUACUUUUUAAAUACACUUAUGUAUUGGAUC